AUGGAGGAUUGUGUCCUCGAAAAGGAAGCUCUGUGCGAGUAUCAGAGCCAAGUUUCGAUCUUGGGGCCUGUGGGUUAUGGGCCCACCACGCUUCCGCUGCGCCACUCUGAUUGGUGA